AUGGCUGCACAGCUUCCGACUGAGACAGUGGCUGCGAGGGCGCGUGCUCCGAAUCCCAAAGCUUCAGGCACUACAGGCUCAAAUUCAAGUGUUCAUUCAACUGCUCAUGCUGAGAAGCUCUUUCCCAACAGCUUCAAAGUUUCUGGCAUCAAACAUAUUUGCGACAAUGCGCUGCAGUCUAUCCUCUCUUACCUUCCAUCGUGGUCCACUGUUUUGCCCAAGCUUCAGUCCCUGGACAUGUUGCUGGGGAACUAUGACUGGCGUGAACGAUUUGUGGCAGUGUGUUUGGGUGAUAGGUGUGAGGCAGAGCGGAACGCCGUCUUGAAAUGGAGCUGGAACACGAAUGCAUACUUGCGUGGUGUGGAGGGCCAGCACGGCCGACCAUUUCUCGUGGAGGACAAUUCCAAGCAGCACAUUUCACGAAUUUCAUCUCUGAUGAAGUCCGACUUCGACUGGUGUUACAUUGGGAUCAUUGCGUUGAUCUCUCGGGAGGCUGAACUCAUCGGCUGUUGGUGUGAGGGAUGCCCCUGCCACCGGAUGGAUACGCCAUCCCCUUCACUCUCCAAUCCAGCAGGGAUCAGUAGUGAUGCAGGGACUAUAGCUGUAGCGAAAGCCAUUGCUCCAGAAUCAGAGAUUGUCGCUGACGGUGUUGCCACAGUCUUGGUUGAGAAAUGUGGACCCAAAUCCAGGAGGAAACCUCGGACCCCUGAGCAAAUAGAAGCUUCUGCAUGUAACUUCAAGUGUUGUCGUGCGCCCGAACUGGCAGCGGGCGUUGCCACUGGUCUUCAAGAACGCUUUAUGGAGGCUCAAGCCCCUUUGUUCAACAAGCUUGUUUCAAGGGCAGCUGCUUCUGACCGCGCAGAACUCACAUCAGCUUGGACAACAGCACGAUCGAAAUUGUAUGGAUAUUUGGCUGCA